AGCAUUAUCACACAGCUCGUUCAACGUUUCGGUCGACCCAUUUUCGAGUCAAGCUGAAUAGAGAUUCGUAAAACCAGAACAAAAUAAAUAAUAAAUUUUAAAUAGUAAAUUUUAUCCUGUCACUUCCAAAUAACUUUGUGCGUGCUCUUUCGAUGCAACAAUAAAACACGCACAACUACGUGAGCAAGCAGACCACAACUUGCUGAGAAAGCAACCAAGCACAAAAGCAGGAGAAAAGCAGAAGUCCUUACUUUGCUCACAAAGCAAGGUAGCAAUUCAAGAACUCUUUAAUCAUAUGAGCGGCACUUGGGCGGCAAAUUUUAUUAUAAAAGAAAAUCAAUCUGACAACUAAGUAAAAGCACAAAGCACAAAGCACAAAUCAAACUAUCAAGAAAGCAAGUUUAAUAAGGAAGGUAGUGAUCCACUAGAGAAACCACAAGGAUGUCGGACAACUCGGCUGUGAGCACUGCUCUCAAUGUUUUGCUUUGCGGAGCCACCGGCUUUGGGCUCUACAAGAUCGGGCCCAGCGAGCACCCAUAUGCCUUCACCGCCUGCGUGAUUGGGUUUUGCCAUGGACUGGGCGGCCUGGUGAGCGGCUUGACCGGCGAUGACAAUGCCAAAAAGGUCACGGAGACGACCACUGGCAUCAUGGAGAUCAUCCCGCUGCCGCUGGUCAAUGUGGACCUGUACUUGGCCGCGGAGAGCAACAACAUCGCCCUGGGCCAUGGACUGUUCAUAGUUCCGCUGGCGGUCGGCGUGAUCCUGAACAUGGUGAAGGGCGAUAGUGGCGACGACAGCGAGGGUGGUGUCCUGGAGACCCUGAAGACGCUCACCGUCCUGGGCAACAUCACGUCGCUGCUCUACCUGUCGAUCAACGAGAGCAGCUGGAACCUGGCCGGCAUGGCCCUCCUGGCCUUCAUGGCCAAGUUCGGGGCCAAGUUCUGCGAGGAGCAGGUCGGCGAGGGCAGCGGCGAACCCGUGUCCUAUGUCAGUUGGUCGGGCUUCUUCUUCCUCACCGCCCUGGCCGCCUCGGGUGAAAAAUAGAGAAAUAGAUCCUGGCCAGCCCCACAAUUUACCAUACACUUCCUGGAACCCAACUCCUUUGACUUUGGACGAGCAGAGUGAUGAAUAAAUUUUGGAGGCGAUUCUUACGGCGACGCGUUAAUUUCAAAUUAUUUUGGCCUAAUUUAACAAAUAUAUAUACACCUUUGGAGUGA